UAGCGAGACGAUCCUAUGGCAUGUAAGGAAAAAGAGAGCGAGUUGAGAGUGAGUGACGCCUGUGCUGCUGCUGCUGCUGCUGCUGCUGCUGCUGCUGCUGCUGACAUUGUUCAUCAUCAACAACAACACCAUUACAUUAUGUCCUCCAGUGACUUCUAUAUAAGAUACUAUGUCGGCCACAAGGGAAAAUUUGGUCACGAGUUUCUUGAAUUCGAAUUCAGGCCAGAUGGGAAGCUUCGAUAUGCUAACAACUCAAAUUACAAGAAUGAUGUUAUGAUUCGGAAAGAGGCUUAUUGCCAUCGAUGUGUCAUGGAAGAAUUGAAGAGAAUUAUUGAUGAUUCUGAAAUAAUGCAAGAAGAUGAUGCUCUCUGGCCACAGCCAGACCGUGUGGGACGGCAGGAGCUAGAAAUUGUCAUUGGUGAUGAGCAUAUUUCCUUUACAACCUCCAAGAUUGGUUCACUGGUUGAUGUUAACAAUUCCAAGGAUCCUGAUGGACUUCGAUGUUUUCUACUACCUGGUGCAAGAUCUUCAAAAUGCCUUGUGUUCUCCUUGAUUGGCCUCCACUUCAAAAUUAACCCCAUCUAA